UUCUUUUUUUUUUUUUACUAAAACUGCCACCUUUUGGUCACCACCAACUGGCUAGUUUUGUCGCUAGCUAGUUUAUAGAGAUCUCCCGGAGUCACAAUGGGGGUAAAAGACGGACCCCAGUGUUACUUUGACGUAGAGCUCAACCGGGAGCCAGUUGGCCGUAUUGUGUUCCAACUUUUUUCUGAUGUGUGCCCCAAGACAAGCAAAAACUUUCUCUGCUUGUGCACUGGUGAAAAAGGGACGGGCAGAACUACAGGAAAAAAACUUUGCUAUAAAGGGUCAACAUUUCAUAGAGUUGUUAAGAACUUUAUGAUCCAGGGCGGCGACUUCACUGACGGCACCGGCAGGGGAGGGGAAUCAAUAUAUGGUGGCUACUUUGAAGAUGAGAACUUCACUCUGAAACAUGACAGGGCCUACCUGCUCUCCAUGGCCAACCGUGGAAAAGACACCAACGGCUCUCAGUUCUUUAUCACAACCAACACAGCACCUCACCUUGAUGGAGUCCAUGUGGUUUUUGGAUCAGUCAUCUCUGGAUUUGAAGUGAUAAAAAAGAUUGAAGGUUUAAAGACAGACUCAGCAAGCAGGCCGUAUGCUGACGUCAGAGUGGUGGACUGUGGACAGCUAAUCACCAAGUCUGCAAAUGAUGUACUUGAGGAUAUAAGGAAGCAAAAAUCCAGGUCUGUUGAAUCACAUUCUCAGGGCUCUCCAUGCACUUUGUCACUGGAAUCUGAAAAUGAACAUGAUGUUAAGUCAAAAAAUCAACACAAGAUUAAGAAAACUCCCCAAAGAAGACAGCCCAAAAAAAGACGCAAAACUGCAAAGCAGAACAUUUCAGAGGAGCAAUCAAUACAAAGCACAGAGCAAGGAGAGAUUGAAGCAGAAGAUGAAAAAGAGUGCAUUAAAAGAGAGAAACUUGUAGUGCGGCCAGAAGAGAUCCCCCCGGUCCCUGAGAACCGCUUUCUUCUUCGACGAGACAAGCCCCCUAAAAAAAUUAAAACUGAGAUACCUGUAAAUGAUGAAAAUACAGUUCCGUCUGAACAGAAGCCGUCAGUGUCUAAAUCUGGAAGAAAAAUCAAAGGCAGAGGAACAAUGCGAUACCACACACCUACAAGAUCAAAAUCCCGCUCUGUGUCCAUAGAGGAGCGGGGAAGCAGUGAAACCCCUCCACAUUGGAAAGCAGAGAUGAAGAGAACCCAAGUCUAUCAGCCUCCCAGCACUGAGCGAUGGAGUAAAGGAGACAAACUUAACCAACAUACUACUAGCAGAUGGGAUGACAAAACCAACUCUGCACGAUCACAGUCACCAAAGCGAUCUCCUGCCCACAAUUAUGAACAUUUUCGCCCAAAACCCCCACUAAAGGAGAAAAAGAAGAGAAAACGCAAGAGGAAAAACAGAAAACGAAAGGCCAAGAAGAUUAAGAGCACAAAGAAACCAACACAAGAUCUUUCAGAUGGUGAGAGGCCUCCGUCUCCAGAGAGGAAAUCCAAAAGAAAGCAUUCCCCAUCUCGUUCCCGGUCCAGAUCUUCCUCAUGUCGGCACCAUUCCUCAAAGAAAAGGAGUCGGCGUUCUUCACGCUCCCUGAGAGAUUCACACUCGUAUUCCAGAUCGUAUGAGUCCAGUCGCUCCAAGUCCAGAGGAAGAUCAUACUCAAGGUCCAGAAGUCUGUCCAGAUCUCACUCCAGGUCCAGGUCUAGAUCUAGAUCUACAUCCCGCUCUUACUCUCGAUCCAGGUCCAGAUCCCAGUCCAGAUAUAGUUCCAGGUCUGUGUCCACAUCCAGAGAUAGAAGUUACUCACGGUCUCCAAGAAAAAGAAAAUCCAGUAAAACCAAAUUGUCAAAGUCUAAGAAGAGAUCUGAAAGCAAGGGAAGAUCUAGUCUGAGACUGCCCCCUGUCCCGGGACCUGAGGUUGCCCCGGUGAUCCCGCUCAGCGAAAGCCCUCCUCCUUCACGCUGGAAACCUGGACAGAAGCCGUGGAAGCCCUCCUAUGUCCACAUUGAAGAAAUAAAGGCCAAAGUAUCUCGCAAGACACUUUCAUCAUCUGGGCAAACGGCUGAUGGUGCAGAAAAGGCUCAUAGCUCUACUGCAUCAAUUGGCCUGUCUGGAAAUACCGGAGAUAGUAGGAAAGGUCGCCAAGACUCUCGUAGUUCAUCCAGAAGCAGCAGUUCCAGUCACUCGCGCAGCAGGAGUCGUAGUAGGUCUAGGUCAAGAUCCCCAAAUGUAAAUAAUAGCAGGUCAUCCUCUGAAGAGCAUUCAGGCUCAGAAAACUCGCCCCAAAAUCCCACUUUGGACAAAGAUUGGAAAAACUAUUACAGUUCAUUGAGAAGGGUACAGAAGUAUAUAUCCAUUGCCAACACAUAUUCCGGAUCUAAGAGCAGGAGUGAGAACAGCGAUAUAACAACUGAACCUAUAGACAAUGUAAACAAUGGUAAUCUAAUGGAUCAAACGUCUCUUGGGAAUUGUAUUAACAGGUCUGAAUGGGAUAGUGACAGUGACAAAGUUACCCUAAGUACUGCCCUUUCAGUGAUCCAACCAGUUGAAUCAAAUCAGGUAGUAGACCAACACUUAUCAACCAUGACCGGAUGGAAUUCUGAAAGUGACAAUGAAAACGUAAAUAUCCGGUUGUCAGCACCAUCUGAGAAAGAAGAAGGUGAGGCUAGUUCAGAGUCUGAGGAUGAAGCGCUCAAAAGGACGUCGGAGGCAGUGAAUGCUCUGGAGCGCAAAGUGGCUGCUAUGGCAUCCCCAGAUUCAGAUGCUCCAGAGAGGCACAAGAGUAAAAAGAAAUCCAAACGUAAACAUAAACACAAACGCAGAAGUGAAAAUAAAAGCAGUAAAGAUAAAGCAAAGAGGUCAAAAAGAAAACAUACAAAGAACGUUAAGGGGACUUUCCACUGGCAGCCACCAUUAGAGUUUGGAGAGGAAGAGGAGGAUGAUGAUGCUAAAAAAGAGAGAAGCAGCCCAAGGAGAGCCAAAGAUGGACCUGAAAGUUCCCCCAGCAUGGACAGAGGGAAUGACAUGUUCAGAAAGAGCCCCAGUAAAGAAAAAAAGAAGGAAAAAUCUCCACAAAUUAAUGCCCUCAAAUUACCCAGUGUCAAUGAGAAGACGGUGGCUGACAUGGAGAUUUGUACUCCAGAGCACAGCACAGAGGCAAUAUUAGACCUUGUGCCUUCAGAAAAUGGCUCUGCUUCUAAGAUUAAAUCAAAGUCCUCGGGCGUUGUGAGCAAAGAAAGCGUCUUACCUCAGCUUGAGAACAAAGAGCACAAUAGUACAGCCCCAGCAACUGCAGAGGGAAAGCAAGCUGAAACAGUGAAACCACUUGGUACUGGAAUUGCCUUGAAAUGGAAACCCUUAAAAGGAAUGUCCGCUCCCCAAAAUAUGAGUGUAGCACCUGUAACUGUAAAAACUGUCCAAAACCAAAAGAACCAAGCUUCCAGUAAACAGCACGGAGUCCGAAUGGAAAUCAAAAGCCAAAACCGUGUCAAACCUGGAUCGCUUUUCGAUGAAGUGCGUAAAACUGCACGACUUAAUCAGAGACCCAGAAACCAGGAGAGCUCAAGUGAGGAAAAAUCUCCAUUGAUAAUUCACAACAAUAGCACACGCUCCCCCAAAAAGAGCAGAAAGUCCCGGUCGGCGUCCAGUCACCGGUCCAGAUCCAGAGGGUGGUCCCACUCCUCCAGCCGGUCCCGGAGCAGGUCUCGCAGCUCCAGCUACUCCUCCAGAAGCCACAGUAGAAGUCGACGGAGAAGAGGAAGAUCACGCUCCCGCAGCAGCACAUACUGUAGUUACAGAAGUCGAACAUACAGUCGAAGUCACUCCAGAAGUCGCUCUUAUAAUCACCGGAGGAGAUCCAGGUCUGACUCCUAUGACAGUUACUCGAGUAGAAGUCGUAGCGUGAGUCGGUGGCGAAGGCGACACAGAAGUGACAGUUACAGGAGCUCAGGACGUUCCAGGUCAUACCGUUCCUCCAGCCGCAGCUCAUCCAGGAGGCGGAGUCAUAGUCGCAGCAGCCGCUACAGUUGAACCUCCUCAUGACCACACAGUCUGGACACUGUAUGCAAAGUUAUGCUCGCAUUUAUAUCUUUACUCUUUAAUACUGUACUGGACCACCCUCAGUUUUACUUUUCUUUGCUGAAUGUACUGUAAUUUACACUUCUUUACUAGUUGAAAAUUAGAUUAAAACAGACAACAGGAUGAAAUCUUGCAAGUCUGCAAGAAACUGUUCUGACAAAAUAAAUUGAUAAUUAUGUAAAUAUCUGCUUAAAAUGGUCCAAUUACAUUUUGUACCUCUUUAGUUUUAUUUUUAGUAUUGCCCCUCUGUGGAAAGGAGCUGGAUUUUAGGGGAAAGUUUACCUGAUUUUUUUUUUUUUCCCCCAUUAAAUAAUGGGGUACUUUUUACUGUUUGAAUGUAACAAAAUAUUAAACUCCUGUGAAUGUUAAUUCAAUAAAUAUGUUUUAUCCUGAA